AGAAGAAGAAGAAGAGUUGUCCCGGAAGUGGAGUGGAGGAUUCAGUGUCUCAUCAUGAGAUAACGAACUGUACAAAUAUGAAGAAACUGUUCCUUAAAGGAGCAGGAUAACCAGCCCACGGACAUGCCUUUGUUCAUCCAGAACAGAGAAGUUGACCGCAUAAGAUCAACGGCGGAACUAUACGACAGAAAUCCACAUUUACAGGAAUAUGCCAGAGCGUUUCGCUCUAAGAAAUGUGUUGAUGUCGAUCCAAAGUGCCUCCUGUAUGUCCAACAAAGAGAGUUUGCUGCAACGACUCCAGCAGACAAUUAUGUUUCGGUCAUCGGAUCAGAAGAUGCGACCACCUGUCAUAUGGUUGUGCUGCGACACACUGGAACUGGAGCUGUUUGUAUUGCUCACUGUGACGGUUCAAGCACCUCUUCUGAAGUCCCUCAGUUUGUAAAAGCAGUCAAAUCACUCAGUGAUGCCUGCAAGGAGGGCAGACUUGAGCUUCAUCUGGUUGGAGGAUUCAACGAUGAGUCAAAAAUGUCGCAUAACCUCAGCCUUAACAUUCUGGCAGCGUUCCAAAACCAGGAAGAGGAUAUUCAUCUGGAAACAUGCUGCACCACAGAAAUGAAUGACGUUCUUGUUGACGGAAUUCAUAAACCCAUAAUAUAUGGAAUAGGUGUCAAAGUUGAAACUGGUGAAGUGUUCCCCGCAUCCUUCACUUUCAAAGGUCCUGCAGAGAACCUGCGAUCAGCACGAACCUUUACUGGGGGAGAGAUGGCUGAAAUAUAUGAACCAAACAAGGGGAUUGUUAAAAUUGGCCCAUGCUCGUGGCCACCACAGCCACAGCUUGUCCACUGGUUGUCACAAAGUGAUGCCAAAAUUUUAAAGUACCUGUCCACGUCUCCCAUGGCAGAACCGCCGCACUUUGUCCAGCAUAUGAAGUCCACCAUUCAGUUCGUUCUGGACCACCCCAACCCUGACAGUCUGUUCCCGGGGGGCCAACCACAGCUCUACCGCAAGGCGGAGACCGGGGACUGGAAGCGGGUCGCCCCGUCGUGAAGCCCCCCACUCAACCUUAAGCACUGUGACCUUUUCACCUGCUGUAAUUUUUUUAAAAUGAUUUUCUUUCCACUUGUGUCUUAACACGACGCCCAUUAUCAGCUGGACCAUGCAAUAUCUCCAGGCGAGUUUGGGAUCCAACAUAUUUCUCCUUUAUUGUGGGGAAACAAAAUCUACAGAUGACACUUCCUGCUUUGGUGUGAUGAUCUGAGGUUACUGUCCAGAUUCGGUUGACUUAUGUUGGACUCAAGUGGAUCUUUUUAUUCAGUUUGAGCCUUUUUUUUUUUUUAAAUACAAAAUAAGAUUAUAGUACAGAGUAUAGAUGAUAUUGUCCUUCAGUUCUCAGUUACUUUGGAACAAGUUUUUCAAAAAAUUGAAUUAAAAAAAAACUUACAAGUUUAAAUAGCAAAUAAAGUGUAAGUUUAAUUCAUCUUUAAAACAAGUUUCUGAAAUAUGAUCAAAUAUUUAUGGUUUAAAAAGUGGUACUGAGCAAUUUUGAAGAAGUAUAAAUCUAUUUCGGCACUUUAUUGUAAACAUAAUUCUCUGUGGUUGAAGUUUUUUCUGUUCAUUUGUAAAAUGCACCUUCCUGGUGACAGUGCAUUCUUUAUUUUAAGCAGCCAUAUGGCUCUGAAUGUGUAUCUUUUUAACUGCAUGUGAUUUGUGAUUUUUUUUCAACAAGUUACAUCAACUCAACAGUGACUGAAACAAAAGUGAAUUACGCAAUUUUGAAUUGGUGGGAGGAAAAAUGGCCUUUUAAUGAGUUUCUUUUACUUGAGAGUUUUAACAUUCAUUGUAACUAGUGAACAUAGUUUACCUGUUGCAAAAUAAAUGUAAAUGCUCAAAUCUGUUUUGA